AGCCUGAUCUGAGAACAAGCCAUGACUGCCAAAGAUUAUCCAUCAUUGUGGGGCUAUGGAGCAACAAAAACAUUCAACAUUCCUGUUGAACAUUUGGAUUUCAAGUAUAUUGAAAAAUGUUCAGACAUUAAAUACCUGGAAAAAAUUCUUUAUGUGCUCAGGUCUGGUGAGGAAGGAUAUUAUCCUGAACUUACAGAAUUUUGUGAAAAGCGCCUUCAAGGCUUAGCUCCUGGGAGUAGAGCUCUGAGGAAAGAUAAACCUGCAGCGACAGCAUCCAGUUUUACAACGGAAGAAUGGGAAGAAAUUGAUGGGGACAUAAAGGUAGAGGGUUUUAAAAGAAUAAAUCAUAAUUUAGUGCCCCAAGACACUGGGGGAGGAGGACAAGGAGAAGAAAAAUAUUCCUCUAAAAAUAAAUCAGCUAAAAAGAAAAUUCCCAGGGAUUAUGCAGAGUGGGAUAAAUUUGAUGUGGAAAAGGAAUGUUCAAAAAUUGAUGAAGAUUAUAAAGAAAAGACUAUAGUAGACAACAAGUCACAUUUAUCUAAAAUUGAGACAAGAAUAGAUAUAGCAGGUCUCACUGAGAAGGAAAAGGGUUUUCUUGCUACUCGUGAAAAAGAAAAAGGAAAUGAAGCUUUCAACUCAGGAGAUUAUGAAGAGGCUGUAAUGUAUUAUACUAGGAGCAUAUCUGUGCUUCCCACUGUAGCUGCUUAUAACAAUCGAGCUCAAGCAGAAAUCAAAUUGCAGAACUGGAAUAAUGCUUUUCAGGAUUGUGAAAAGGUCUUGAAGUUAGAACCUGGAAACAUAAAGGCUCUUCUGCGCCGUGCCACUACUUAUAAACAUCAAAACAAGCUCCAGGAGGCCAUAGAAGAUUUGAGGAAAGUACUAGAGGUUGAGCCUGAUCAUGAUUUGGCCAAGAAAACCUUGUCAGAGGUUGAAAGAAAUCUGAAAAAUUAUGAACCCACAUCUAAGCCCCAAACCAAAGGGAAGAGGAUGGUUAUUGAGGAAGUAGAGAACUCGGAAGAUGAAAAUGGAAAGAGAAGUGGAACUAAACAUGAAGAUGGGAGUGGAGAUAAGACUGCCGCGCGCGCCAUGGGCAACACCGCCAAGAAGCCGAGCGGCCGGGCCGAGGAAGGCGGCCGGCCGGCUAGGGACGCCCGGCGGUCCCCGACCCCCACGGCGCCGGGCGGCGGGCGGAGCUCCGGGGACCCCGCGACGGCCGACGCCAGCCCCGACCCCGCCGGCCUGAAGAGCCAGGGGAACGCGCAGUUCCGCGGCGGGCAGUUCUCGGAGGCGGCGCGCAGCUACUCGGCGGCGAUCGAGCGGCUGGAGCCUGCAGGAAGUGAAAGCGCAGAUGAAGUGAGUAUCUUAUAUUCAAACAGAGCAGCGUGUUACCUGAAGGAAGGAAACUGCAGGGGCUGCAUUCGAGAUUGUAACAGAGCUCUGGAACUCCAUCCUUUCUCCAUAAAACCUCUUCUGCGACGAGCCAUGGCCUAUGAAACUUUAGAGCAGUACGGCAAGGCAUAUGUGGAUUAUAAGACAGUGUUGCAAAUGGACUCUGGAAUCCAGCUAGCAAAUGACAGUAUUAACAGAAUAACAAGAAUCUUAAUGGCGCUGGAUGGACCAAAUUGGCGGGAGAAGCUGUCACCCAUUCCUAUGGUGCCCACCUCAGAGCCACUUCGAACAUGGUGUCCUGUGUCACAGGCUGCCCCCAACCAAGCAGGAGACCCGGGCAGCUGCACCACAUCCAGCAUCUCAGAUGAAGAAAUGUUUAAAGCCCUUAAGGAAGAAGGAAAUCAAUAUGCAAAGGACAAAAACUAUAAAAAAGCUCUUAGCAAAUACACUGAGUGCUUACAGAUUUGCAGUGAGGAGUGUGCCAUAUAUACAAAUAGAGCUCUCUGUUACUUGAAGCUGUGCCAGUUUGAAGAGGCCAAGCAGGACUGUGACCAGGCCCUUCGGCUAGAUGGCAGGAACGUGAAAGCUUGCUACCGGCGAGCACUGGCUCACAAAGCCCUCAAGAAUUAUCAGGAAAGCUUAACUGACCUCAAUAAAGUUCUCCUACUAAACCCAAAUAUUGCUGAGGCAAAGAUGGAGCUGGAAGAGGUAACCAGAUUCCUUAAAGAUAAUACAGCACCAUUCAACAAAGAAAAAGAGAGACGGAAAAUUGAAAUUCAAGAGGUGAAUGAAGGCAGUGAAGAGGAGCCUGAGGAAAACCCAGCAGAGGUCUCCACUGCCUGUCUGGCUUCUGAGAAGGGCGAUGAAAGCACUGGGCCGCCAGAGCACUCCGAGUCACUUCAGAUCUCCAAGCCUAUUAAUGCCUAUGAGUUUGGUCAGGUAAUAAAUGCUAUCAAUACCAGGAAAGAUGAAGAAGCCUGUGCACACCUUUUAGCCAUCACUGGACCAAAAGAUUUGCCAGUGCUGUUGAGUAACAAGCUUGAAGGGGAUACAUUCCUUCUCCUCAUUCAGUCUCUGAAAAAUCAUCUUAUUGCUAAAGAUCCUGCCUUGGUGUAUCACCAUCUUUUGUAUCUAAGUAAAGCAGAUAGAUUUAAGAUGAUAUUGACACUCAUUAACAAGCACCAAAAGGAACAAAUUGAACAGCUGCUGAAUGAGCUUUCAGACAUACCGAACAACCAUUUUACUUUAGAAGAUGUACAAGUCCUAAAAGACCUUUAUGAGCUUUAACUCAAGAUUACUGUUAACUCCUUCCAUGUACGCAUAUGUUCCAGCAAUGUUCAUGAGAUGGUACUAUAAUAGUUGCAUAGAUAAAACCUGGAUGAUAAAAAUCCCUUGGCCUGAACUGUAAGACAGUCUUAUUUUUAUACACAGAACAUGUAUAUUCUGUAACCUGCUUUUUAUUAGUUGUAAAUAUUUUAUGUACCAGAACCAUAUCUUUAUAUUUAAUAAGUGUAUUUGGAACAUGUUAAAAAUACAUUUUAAUUUAUAGCACACAUUUUCUUUUGGUAACUUAGCUGUUAAAUAUUUCAGCUAAAUAGCAUUUCUUUAGGCUACGCAGUCCUCUAAAGUUUUGAUGGAAAUAAAUUUCUUUAAAGUUCUCUUUUAAAACUGAAAGUCAUUAACAGUAAUUAUUAUGUCACUUUAUAUCCUGCUAAGUAUCCCAUUUUAUAUGCGUGGAUUUCAAUCUGUUAAAACAUGAUACAACUCCGAAGUCUAUAAUCUGAUUAUUAGUUUAAUUAAUUUAGUGCCCUAAGAGGAACUUAUUUUUUCUAAUAAUGGAAGCAUUGCCUAAUGAUUAAGAAUAAAAAUAAUGGGCCGGGGAUUUAGCUCAGUGGUUCUGCCACCUGCCUUGCAAACUCAAGGACUGGAGUUCGAUCCCCAGUACCAAAAAAAAAAAAAAAAAAAAAGAAUAAAACCAGAAGUUUCUACCUCUUUCCACAUUUUAAAAAAGUGACUUUUUCUUAUAUAAGCAAAACAACCACUAUAUAAAAGCAGACUGAGCCUGCAUUUAUAUUUGAAUUGUCACCUUCAUGUUUUCUCCAUUUAAAUGUCCCCUCCUGCCUUUAUUUUCUGCUUUCAUGACUUUAUUUAUCGCUUUACUGUAAAAAGGGAAGAACUUGUUUUGCAAACUCCUUUGUUAACUGGGUUAAGAAAAGGCAUUUCUUGCAGUAAAAUAUUAAGAUCCUAAA